AUGGAUCUCCGUGAUAUUGUAGCCACUCGUGGCUUCGCGACCUAUAGCUUGCGUCAUCCUCGGGAGGCACUGUCGAGCUUUGGCCCGACUCUGAGUGAGGCCACCUUCGGCUAUUUAGGGACAUCGUUCCAGCCAGAGCGCGACAUUCGCAGCCUGGACGGCAAGGUCGUCCUUGUGACAGGAGGCAAUGCCGGACUAGGCAAAGAGACUAUCCUCCAACUCGCCAAGCAUCGCCCGUCGCGCAUCUACAUGGCCGCCCGUACCGAGAGCAAAGCGCGCGAAGCAAUCGAAUCGCUCCAAAGCCAGCUAUCCUCCCCCGCCGAUAUCCGCUUCCUCGCGCUCGAUCUAUCUUCCUUUAAAUCCAUCCGCGCCGCCGCAGACAAGUUCCAGUCCGAUAGCGACCGCCUAGAUAUCUUGAUCCUAAAUGCGGGCACGAUGGGCAACCCGCCCACCACGACGGAGGAGGGCUUCGAGAUCCAGCUCGGCACAAACCAUAUCGGUCACUUUCUGUUAACAAAACUACUUCUCCCUACCCUACAGAAAACCAUUGAUCUCCAGCGCGCUAAGGAGGAGGUGCCUGAUGUCCGGGUCGUGACUGUCGGUUCGGUGGCUCACGCCGUUGGCCCCUCCACCUUUGAAGAAAUUACAUCUACUCCUGGCUUGCUCGCUUCUAGUACCUGGACGCGAUACGGCGCUUCCAAGUCGGCUAAUAUCCUAUUUGCAUCCGAGCUGGCCCGCCGGCAUCCUGAUAUUUUGUCUAUUGCUGUGCACCCCGGUGCGGUUGAUAGCGGGCUCUAUGGACAUACGAAGAGUCUCAACUCGGUGAUGAACUAUGGUGUCGCUGUUGCUGGCUCCAUGUUCUUCCGGAGUGUCGCUAGUGGAGCCCUGAAUUCUCUUUGGGCGGCUGGCACGCAAAGGGAAAAUCUUAUCAAUGGAGCUUACUAUACUCCCGUUGGGUACCGCAGCGGUGGCACUGCGCCUGUGCAGAACGCGCAACUAGCUCACAGGCUCUGGGAUUGGACCGAGACUCAGAUUUCGAAGCGAACAUAA